UUCUUCCCCAAUUAUCCCACCAAUUACAUUCACUCUCCACCUACAUUUCUCCAUUUCCCUAGAACCAGUUCGAAUCUCACUGCAGAUUUACACACACUACACACACAUAGAUGAAUCCAUAUAAUAAUCAAAUCAGUUCUGUAAUUGCCUAAGCUAGCAAUUGAUGUUUGGAUGAGUCGAGUCGAGCUUUCGUUCUCUUUUUCUGUUAUUAUUGAUCAAGGCAGCACCGAAUUAGUCAUUUCGUGUUGUUAUUAUUGUGUAUAGUACAAAAUUAGGUGUUUUGUUUUAAUUAUGUUUUGAUAUACGGGAUUAAGAGUUUAAUCAUAACAUCGAUCAGCUAAUUUUGCUAGAUUUUGUGUUCCCACCCCAAAUGUCGAAUUGCAGAGGUUUUGAGCAAUCGGCGUUCACUGCGAGUUUAUCCUCGAUUAAGAAGCUUCAAAAGACUAGUAUUAGUGUAAUGCAAUCCUCAUUUUGGGGAAGGGAUUUGCAUAUAAACAAUGGAAUCCAGACGGUCAAUUCAGUGAAAAAGCAACUGUACAGUGGGAGGGCCACUGCCUCUAGGGUUUUUGCUAUGUCCUCCAUUAACGGUACUACAUUCAAGAUGAAUUUGAAUGAGUAUAUGGUUACUCUCGAGAAACCACUCGGCAUUCGAUUCGCUCUGUCUGUUGACGGAAAAUUUUUCGUGCAUGCUCUUCAAAAAGGGGGGAAUGCUGAAAAAUCAAGAAUAAUAAUGGUAGGCGACACUUUGAAGAAGGCGAGUGAAUCUUCAGGUGGGAAGCUUGUUGAGAUCAAGGACGUCAGUGAUACAGAGAGUAUUUUGAAAGAGAAAUCAGGUUCUUUUAGCCUAGUGCUUGAGAGACCCUUCUCUCCUUUUCCUGUACAUCAGCUCCAUCUUAUGAAUGAUCUUGACAUUUUGUAUAAUAGAGGUCGUGUUUCCAUUGCCACUUGGAACAAAAACUUACUGGCUUCAAAUUUACAAACAUCAUCUGGGAGCAGUGGGAAUUCUGGGUUUGUAACAUUUUGUCCAAAGUUUUUAACUCCCCAAGGAUGGAAGUAUUUAAAUGAUCAGGACAUUAAUGGACGGCCACACAUGGUUAAGCACACCCCUGUUCUACCAUUUAGCUCUCUUGUAGCCAUUUUCUCCGAGGAAGUGGCUGAAAAUGCUGAGUGGGGACAUGGGAGCUUCCCACUUGAAGAGUAUGUCAAGGCAUUGGAACGUUCAAAGGGGGAGCUGUACUACAAUCACUCUCUUGGUAUGCGCUAUAGUAAGAUCACGGAGCAAAUUUAUGUUGGAUCGUGCAUUCAAAAAGAAGCAGAUGUAGAGACUUUGUCAAGCACUGUCGGAGUCACAGCUGUGCUGAAUCUCCAGAGUACAAUUGAAGCUGCAAAUUGGGGAAUUGAUAUGAAUUUGAUCAAUGACUCGUGCCAACGUUGUAAUAUCCUUAUGAUAAACUAUCCCAUAAGGGAUGUAGAUUCUUUUGACAUGAGAAAGAAACUCCCAUUCUGUGUGGGUCUUCUCUUGCGCUUACUUAAGAAGAACCAUUGUGUUUAUAUCACCUGUACCAGUGGCUUUGAUCGAUCUCCCUCUUGUGUUAUUGCAUACCUUCAUUGGAUGACAGAUACUUCCCUUCAUGCAGCUCACAAUUUUGUCACUGGGUUGCAUACGUGCAGGCCUGACAGGCCUGCAAUUGCCUGGGCAACUUGGGAUCUUAUAUCCAUGGUUGAAAGUGGCAGACAUGACGGACCAGCAACCCAUUCUGUGACCUUUGUGUGGAAUGGACAUGAGGGGGAAGAUGUAUAUUUAGUUGGAGAUUUUACAGGUAAUUGGAAAGAACCAAUUAAGGCAAUCCAUAUGGGUGGCCCAAGAUAUGAAGUUGAAGUUAGACUUUCACAAGGGAAGUACUAUUAUAAGUAUAUUACCAAUGGACAAUGGAGGCAUUCAACAGCUUCACCGACAGAAAGGGAUCAGAGUGGAAAUACGAACAAUGUGAUUGUAGUUGGCGAUACUGCCAGUGUAAGGCCUUUAGUUCAAGAUCAAAAAAAGGAUGCAAACAUUGUGAAGGUCAUUGAGAGGCCAUUGACAGAAAAUGAGCGAUUUAUGUUGGCUAAAGCAGCUCGAUGUGUUGCUUUCUAUGUGUGCCCGAUAAGAUUGGCACCGAAGUGAUUAGUCUUUCCAACCGUUCACCUGAUUCCUCAUCAUGGAGUUUGUGCUUCGUAUUGAAGGACAUUCUUGCAAACCCAAUGCUUUAUUUAUUCAGGUCAUCACAUCUACGAGAUGUCUUUUUACUAGUACACUAUAAGUGCAUCCCACAUUGACUUAGCUUUCUAGAGAACUCUUCAGACAGAGUCGGCUGCAUCAAUAAAAGAGAUAUAUACUCGUGACUGUCGUCAAGUGAAGCGAAUGUGCCAAUUCUUUGCUGCAGUGGUCGCAUGAGGCUCGAGAAAUUGUGUUUGCGCCACAAAAUAUAAUCAAAUUUAGCAGCUUUCAAAGAGCUUAUGCAUAGUAUACCUUCAAGAAGAUACUCCGCGUGCUAAUAAAUAUUGAAGUCCGAAGAUGCAAAAUGUAAAAUCUUUUGGUUUCUAAUUUUAUUUUCGCUGUUUUUUCCUUCUGUAUUUGAUGGUUGGGGAUACAAUCUUUCUAGUGAGAGCUUGUAAUCCUCGCAUUUACUGAAGCGUGCUUAAGACAAAGGAGGACAGGGAAUUGAUUCCCGAACGCUUAAGAUAAAUGAACUGCCUCCUGAAAAAACUUCUUCUCUUAAAGUGUUUUGUGAUCAAAUUAUAGUGAAUUUGUUGGUUCCAUAUAAAUAGAGAUAAGUACUCUGCUUGACUGCUAAUAA